AAAAUAUAAAAAAGAAAAAAGAUUGGGGGUACAUAUGGUUGAGACCAAACUUAAGCACAUAUACAAGAUGUUAUGAUGCACUGUCCACAGCAAUAUGCACAUACUGUCUUUGUCCUCAACGCCAUCAUCUCUUUGUUCUUGGUUUCUACCACCGCAACAAUUUCAAUGUUUGAUUUAAUGCAUCUUAUUGAAGCCCAAUAUGUUGAAAAUCACAAACCCUAGCAUAAACCAGAGCUUACUUCACCGCGAUUCCCUCCUAAGCCAUUUCUGAGUUAUCCUCUUCCCAACUUCCUGCUGCUACCAUGAAUUGAAUAAUUCACCACCUCACUCAAAUAAAACAAUAACGGGAUUUAUUCUCAACUUGCAUCAGAAAAGUGGCACAGAGAAACAAACUAUCUGAAGAGAAGCUUGUUCUGAAUUUGAUAACGGAAAGAUUCAUUAAGUGGUCUCAAAGCUCUUCACCGGCUGAUGCUCACAAAACCAAAACAGAAUAUCCAAAUCUAAAACCCCAAUUGGUGUAGAUCUCGGUUAUACCACGUGAUCCGUUGCUCCCUCUUUUCUCUUGUUCUAUUUUCCCCUGAAUUUUAGGGAGGAGAUUGGGGUUUUGAACAAGUUUGGAAAAUGAGGCGAAGAGCAACAGAUUUUCGGAGGCCAGUGCGGAGAAGGGUUCCUGAUGCCUUGUGGUGGGCAUUGUGCUUUGCUGUGGUUCUUCUCUUUAUCUAUAUUCUCACCAAAGGGACUCAGAUCGAGUCUAGACCGCCUUUGUCCAAGAGAACUUACAAAAAUGAUAGGAUUCUGGAAGGCCUUAAUAUUACUGACGAGUUGUUAAGUUCAGAUUCAGUUACCAGACAACUGAAUGAUCAGAUAUCCCUAGCAAAAGCUUUUGUUGUAAUUGCUAAAGAAAGUAACAAUCUCCAAUUUGCUUGGGAACUUAGUGCUCAGAUCCGCAAUUCGCAGAUUCUCCUCUCAAAUGCUGCUACUCGGCGUUCUCCUUUAACAACCAGAGAAUCAGAGAGUGCUAUCCGUGACAUGGCGUUAUUGUUAUACCAGGCCCAGCAGCUCCAUUAUGACAGUGCAACCAUGAUCAUGAGAUUCAAAGCAAAAAUUCAGGCUCUUGAAGAACAAAUGAAUUCUGUAAGUGAAAAGAGUUCAAAAUAUGGACAAAUAGCGGCAGAAGAAGUCCCAAAAAGCUUAUACUGUCUUGGUGUCCAGUUGACAACAGAAUGGUUCAGAGACCUUAAUUUGCAAAAGAAAUUGAAGGACAAAAGGCACACAGAGAUGAAGAUUAAGGAUAGAAAUCGUUACCACUUUUGUGUGUUCUCUGAUAAUAUUAUUGCAACUUCAGUCGUAGUCAAUUCAACUGCAAGAAAUUCUAAAAAUCCCAAUAUGAUUGUUUUUCACCUAGUCACUGAUGAAAUAAAUUAUGCUGCGAUGAAGGCGUGGUUUACUAUGAAUGAUUUCCGUGGGGUGACUGUGGAAGUUCAGAAGUAUGAAGACUUCUCUUGGUUAAAUGCUUCAUAUGUUCCUGUGCUUAAGCAACUUCAAGACUCAGAAAUACAGAGCUACUACUUUUCUGGGAACAGUGGUGAUGGAAAGACACCUAUCAAGUUUCGUAACCCCAAAUAUCUGUCCAUGCUUAACCACCUGAGAUUCUAUAUCCCUGAAGUUUUUCCUGCACUGAAGAAGAUUGUGUUCUUGGAUGAUGAUGUCGUGGUUCAAAAGGAUCUUUCUGAUCUUUUUUCAAUUGAUUUGAACGGGAAUGUUAAUGGAGCUGUUGAGACAUGCAUGGAGACAUUUCAUAGAUACCAUAAGUACUUGAACUAUUCUCAUCCUCUUAUAAAAGCACAUUUUGAUCCGGAUGCAUGCGGAUGGGCUUAUGGGAUGAAUGUAUUUGAUUUGGUUGAAUGGAGGAAAAAGAAUGUAACUGGCAUCUACCACUAUUGGCAAGAAAAUAAUGUUGAUCGGACACUGUGGAAACUCGGUACCUUGCCACCUGGACUGUUGACGUUUUACGGAUUAACGGAGCCAUUGGAUCCGUCGUGGCAUGUAUUGGGUUUUGGCUACACAAACGUUGAUCCUCAGUUAAUAGAGAGAGGGGCAGUACUGCACUUCAAUGGGAACUCCAAACCAUGGUUGAAGAUUGGGAUUGAAAAAUACAAGCCCCUUUGGGAAAAACAUAUUGAUUACUCCCAUCCCUUAUUGCAGCGAUGCAACUUUCAUUGAGCUUUAUUAAUUGGAACUUCAAAGUUCAAGCCUUGGUGGAAGAUUUGGAUUCUCAUGCCCUAGACCCAGUUGGUGUGUAUGGGAAUAUACCAUUGAACAUUCCAAACCUCGAUUGCAACAGUGAAACCAUCAUUGACUUGUGAGCUGGGGGGCUUAGUGAUCUAUAGAUGCAAAAUCCAAUGGAGGUAUUCAUUUUUGUAGUAAAAAUGGCGCUUACAGUUUUAAAAAGUCAAGCAUAUUUGGUGGCUAUAACACGGUGUUUCAUAGAAUCCGGAUCUUCAGUUGUAGCAUAUCCAUGUUCAUUUCUUUUAAACAGUAUCAGUUCAUAGUUUCUGUGAUUUUAGUCAGAGUUGAGAUCUGCUGGAAACACUAGUACCACCAGUAUUACCACUAUUGUUCGAUACAAGACCUGAUGCACUGUUAGUUUUUGAUUAAAAAGAAAGUUUUAUGAUUCA